AUGUCAUUAGAUAAAACACUUGAAAAUGUCAACUUGACAUUGAGGGACUUAUCUUCUAGCUUUAAUGACCUUAUAACUGUGGUUCGAAUUGGUACUAUACUUAUUGUCACAGCACUUUGUUUUAUGAUAAUCGGUCUUACCGUACUUUGUUGCUACGUGAAAUGUUGUCAAAAGCACCUUACCUUGUUCACUUGUAAAUAUGCAUUAUGUGAAUCAAGACAUGUAAUUAGACGAGCCACAGAUGUGAGGAAAUCAACGAUAUUCAGUGAAAACAACGAGAAGUCUUUUCUUACGGCCUGA